AUGAAUGCAAAGGAAGCCUCAAAAGCCAAGAUGGAAGUAAAGAAUGAAUUCAAUGAAUGUUCUCAACCUAAAGAAGAUUCACCUCCAACAAAAGUUGCAGCUAUCAAGAAAGAUAAAGUGCUAUAUUACAAGUGUUCUAGCAACGUCCUCUAUGUUUGCUUGAUUCGAACUUCUGACAGUAGCGAUCCUUUCAUAUCAGCAAUUGAGCUGAGGAGUCUUUCAGGCAGCCUCUAUGAGGCUCAGGUUAAGCCUGGAUUAAUGUUGAGUUCAAUCUCACGAUAUGAUCUGGGUGCUCAAUCCUCCGACCUUAUCAGGUACCCUCAAGAUCGAUUCGAUCGCUUGUGGUUUUCUGAUCGCUUGUGGUCUAGCCUAUACAACAAUACUCUCAUUCGAGAGGCACAUUCGAACAAAAUAGUUCUGAAUAAGAAUGACAUCACCGGCUUCCCUCCUGGUAUUGUAAUGCAGACAUGUAAUUGCCAAAACAACCAUUAAUCGGUUACGCGUACAACUUCCGCAAGAGAGUACGAGAACUUUAGUUGUACUAUACUUUGCUGAAGUCGAGGCCCUCAAUAGUUCAGAGGCAAGGAACUUUAAUGUUAUAGUAAAUGAACAGACAGUUCAUUACAUAGACUACGCUUUGCAAAAUCAUUCGAUUGAGCUGCCAUUCA